AUUUUCUGAUCCACGCCACAAUAGAAGUUGCUUAAAGAUACUACUCAAAUUCAAAAUCCUCCAUUAUUAAAUCGACAUCUUAUAUAGAAGAUUCUGUUUCUUGAGUUUUUCACUUUGGAUGGUUGGAAUUUGAAUGGAGAGAAAUGAAAGGCUCUUUUACAAGCUUCUGAUAGACAAUGUCGAGGAGUUGCUUCCCGUAGUCUACACACCAGUCGUAGGUGAGGCUUGCCAGAAGUACGGCAGCAUUUUCAGGGGUCCUCAGGGACUCUAUAUCAGCUUGAAAGAGAAGGGAAGGAUUCUUGAAGUAUUGAGAAACUGGCCUGAAAAGGCUAUUCAAGUGAUUGUGGUCACAGAUGGUGAGCGCAUUUUAGGCCUUGGAGACCUUGGCUGUCAGGGCAUGGGGAUUCCUGUGGGGAAACUCUCUCUAUAUACAGCUCUAGGAGGCGUUCGCCCUUCAGCUUGCCUGCCUAUUACAAUUGACGUAGGGACGAAUAAUAAGAAGUUGUUGGACGACGAGUUCUACAUUGGCCUUAAGCAGAACAGAGCUACCGGGCAGGAGUAUGCUGAGCUUCUCGAAGAGUUCAUGACGGCCGUCAAACAAAACUAUGGUGAGAAGAUCCUAAUACAGUUUGAAGACUUUGCAAAUCAUAACGCGUUUGAUCUUCUUGCCAAGUAUCGCACGACCCAUCUCGUGUUUAAUGAUGAUAUCCAGGGAACUGCUGCUGUGGUACUUGCUGGCGUAGUUUCAGCCUCAAAACUAAUGGGAAAAGACUUAGCAGAUCAUACAUUCUUAUUCCUUGGGGCAGGAGAGGCUGGAACCGGUAUAGCUGAACUUAUCGCGCUUGAGAUGUCCAAAAGGGCGAAGACUCCAGUCGAGGAGACAAGGAAGAAAAUUUGGCUUGUGGACUCUAAGGGGUUGAUUGUUAGCUCUCGCAAAGAGUCUCUUCAGCAUUUCAAACUGCCUUGGGCUCACGAGCAUGAACCAGUUCGAGAAUUGUUAGAUGCAGUUAAGUGGCAGGAGAUAAAGCCCUCAGUACUAAUCGGGACUUCUGGUGUUGGAAGGACCUUCACAAAAGAAGUCGUAGAGGCUAUGGCAACCAACAAUGAGAAACCUCUUAUUCUUGCUUUGUCAAAUCCAACCUCACAAUCGGAAUGUACUGCUGAAGAAGCCUACACAUGGAGUGAGGGGCGUGCAAUAUUUGCUAGCGGAAGCCCGUUCCCCCCGGUUGAGUACAACGGGAAAACAUACGUGUCGGGCCAGUCAAACAAUGCAUACAUAUUCCCCGGAUUCGGUUUAGGACUGAUAAUGUCUGGUACGAUCCGUGUGCACGACGAUCUGCUUUUAGCAGCAUCAGAAGCAUUGGCAGCUCAGGCAACGGAGGAGAACUACGCGAAAGGACUGAUAUAUCCUCCAUUUACAGGCAUUAGAAAAAUCUCAGCUCAAAUUGCAGCCACUGUGGCUGCCAAGGCGUAUGAUCUCGGCCUCGCUACUCGUCUCCCCAGACCCAAGGACCUCAUGGAGUUUGCACAGAUCUGCAUGUACACUCCAACGUACCGCAACUACCGUUGAGUGUAAUCGAUGAUGGUAACAAGAAGAACAAGAUAAUACCGUGUAGAGAAUUCUUGUUGAAUAGUGAAUAAAGAGAACAAAGAUCACCCUAUUUGCACCAGUGUAGGAAUGAAUGGAGGAGGAAUGUACGAUACUA